AUGAACUCUUCAAAAUCACUUUCCUGGUUGAGAUAUCCAUUAGAGGACAAAACAUAGAUGUACUCUAACAUGCCAAAAAAUCUUACACAGACAUAAGCAUCAACUAUCAAGCCUACAUCUCCUCAGAAACAAGAAAUCACCAGUUGUUGCAAAGACGGUACACUACUAAAGAAUAAUGAGACCUCUGGAAAUUGUUCUCACUGUGGACUAUUUAUAUUGAUCAAUAAAAGAAAGCAAAUUGUCGAUUGGAUAAGUGGAGUUGGGGAAAGUCUUCAAAUUUCCUCAAAGACUAUUCAUCAUUGUGUCCUAAUUAUGGAUUUAUAUGCCUCAAUGAACCAAAAUUAUAUUAAGGACAGUGAACUGCAAUUAAUAGCGGUUUCCUGCCUAAUGAUUUCUACAAAAUAUUAUGAGAUGAAGUACCCAAGCGCUUCAAGCCUUAAUUCAGCAACAAAAAACUCUUAUAGCUAGCAAUAAAUUAUUACACAAGAGGGGGUUAUCCUAAAGGUAAUAAAUUGGGAUCUUUUGAAGUAUUCAAUUCUUGAUUAUGUUGAAUUAUUCCUGAAUCAGGGUUGUUUAUUUGAAUCAGAUGAUAUUUUUGCAUAAACACUUCCUCAAACAAACAUCAAUAUAGCAACAGUUCUAACUCCAAACAAUUAAAUUCCUCCUAAAAGUGGAAGAUCUCCGCAAGUCAAAGUUUCGAAACAAACAACUGAAUAUUUAAAGAGGUAUGCUGAGUUUUUUGCUGAUUUUUGUAUUUAAGAAGAGUGCUUUAUACAAGUUAAUCCUAUGUAUUUGGCCUGUGCCAUAAUUGGUUUUGCUAGAAAAUAUACAAAGCUAGCUAUAAUUUAUCCUACUGAGCUAGAGAUCUUGACUACGGUUCCAUUUACCACUGUGAAAGCUUUGUAUUAGAUGCUAGAGAGCAGAUAUUAUGAGUGCUUUCCUGAUCAUUAAUAGAAGGAGACAAGAGACUAUCAGAAAAAAGUGUCUCCAUAGUAGCUUACAAUAUAAAUCAAUACAAAUAAUAGCAGUAGUUCCAAAAAACUUUAAAAUCUGUCAAAUGUUUCUAAAACAAAUUUAAAGAUUGAUAUUGAAACCCCUAACAAAUCAUAAUUUGAAUUCGGUAACUUGAUAAUCAAGAGUAAUGAUAAGCUAAGUUCCUAGAAAACACUUGCUUAAAACAGAUCUAACGUGAAAUAAAGAAACCCUUCACAAAUAGCAUAACUAAGGUUAACAACAAAUCCUCCUGAUUCAGUUAAAAGAUUUACCAUAAAGAAAUCAAUAAUGGGUGCAUUCGACAGUGCAGCUAACUUGGGUUCUGUUAAUACCUCUGGUUUUCUAUAAACUAACCCUACAUCUGCUUAGAACUAUUAGAACUCGAAUUCCAGAAAUAAAUCAUCGCUUGGUCUAGGGCUUAAAACAGCAAUAAGCUCUGUGAAAUAAUCUUUUCAUGGAAACUCGAAUUAAAUGAGCUUUCAUUAAUAAGAGAGCAAUGCUGCUUCUUUGAAUCAUAACUACUAAAGUUGCUAAUCACUUAUUACAAAGAAAAUGUAAUCAAGCAGAAGUCAAGCCUAGUUGAUGAACCACCAAAACAUACCCUAGCACAACCAUAAUUAACAGUAACUGAGAAUAAAUACUAAUCCAAAUAAUAUUCAAUCUGCUGAGAAUGUUCUAAAUACAACAAAUAAUUACAACACGAUACAAAAUCAAAAAUAGACAGCUAAUCAUAGCAAGAAUGUAUCUCAUAUCUAAAUUGAUCCUGCACCUAAGCUUAAUAAUUUUAUGACAAUAGACUAUACUACCUGUCUCAAGGAAGCAGUUAAAGCUAAUAAAAUACCUAGAUAGAAAGUAGUAAAUAUAAGAUUAAAGGACAACAAUACUUACAUGCCUUAAACUACAACAAAUAAGGAGAAUUUAAGUCAUAACGCAGCAGCACUUCUUUAAAAAAUCACUUAAGGAGGAUGCACAACAAGUAGAAAUUAGAUGAUUAAUCAGAUACCUAAUCCAAGUCACAAGGAUCUUCAAUAUAAUAAAACAAGUGGCUAGAUUCCAACAUCUAUCACCAUUGACAAUACCCAUCAUAACAGGAUUGCUUCAACUGGUGGGCUUAAUCAUCCAUCAAGAGCAAGCUUAAGCAGAGUCGAUCUUGUAAAAUAACUAAAUGCUUCUAGAGAAAGAGUCAACUCUUUAAUUUUGAAUCAAGGAGGAUAAUAAUAAGUCAGAUAGAAUUUGAUAAAGGCUCUCAAUUAAAAGAAAUGA